AUGUUGAGCUCUCUCUCCAACACUGGAUCAGUGGAUCGACAAGGCGUUUCGAUUGGAGGCUCCCAGGCACAGUUUGAAGUCAUGGCCGCUAGACUUGACAAACUGGAAAAGGAGAACGCAUCCUUGAAGGAAAAGGUGGGAAAGAUGGAAGUGAAAUUCCAAAGCGAGCCCAAGAAGUUCAACGCUCCCUCCAUGAUGGCACUGGUACAGCAACUCCAAAUGAGAAUGGCCAGCGUGGAAAUUAAAGACCUGGAGCAGAUCACUGUGGGAGGCCACGCGUUUGGUGGCGUUCAAGAUUGCGUGGUCUUCUUGGAGACUAAGAUGGUAUUCACUGGAGGUUUCUUUGGCCACGACGUGGUCUCAAUGAUGAACCCGGUUGGGAACGAAAGUAAAAGUUCGGCGCAUGAUGACAUUCUGGUCAGAGACAAACUUGCCAUCAAAGGAGGCUUUGACAACAUAAGUGCAGCGAACCUGUACACGUCCAUGCAGAAACCGUUACCCAGACCAUUCAGUGGACCGGGGCAACACCCUCUACCAGCUCUCAGCACGUUCGAUAAGUGGGACAAGCAAGACGGAAUUCACGGGAUCCGGUACACUAUUGAUCUUGGGGUGGAACAAGAGGUGAAUCAAUCUAUAGGCUGGAUUAGAUCAGAGCUGAUGCUUCAUCCUGAAGCUAUGAUGGUUUUCACUACUCUGGUGUAUGCUGCCCAAUCUCACUGGAACAAAAUUGCUACGUUUCUCACCGAGCUACGGCAGAUAUGCAAGCAACAAAGCGAUGAUGAUGAUCAAGCUUGGGUCUACCUGUGCGAAGUCGUCAAAGGUUUGUUCACCGAAUUGCAUCGGAUUCAGAGUGCAGGAGCAGCAAGAAAGAAUCUGGGCAAGCUCACAGUGGAAGAUGCGGGUAGGAUGAUGUGGAGUGUGUUGCGGUGCCACCGCCUGAUGGACGAUUUCAUCAGCCACAAGUUCCUGGGACACCCAAAGUUGUCUGGGUACUCGUUGAGUCAUCUGUUCCGACACAGAUUGACUCCAAAGAACCUAGAGCCAAUUAAGGGUCAAGUGGAGCAGUUGAAGAGAGAGCUAGCUGCGGUGAAUGUCAAGUUGACUAAGAAAAAGGACAAGGGUACUUGA